AUGUUUGAGCGUCGUGCAGGGGAUCGUUAUCGCCUGCGAAUGCACCGGGCUCGCUCCGCAGUCUUGACCUCGGACGAGAUUGUGGAAGUGCGCGCGGCCCAACGCACCUUCGAGGGUGCCUAUGUCCGCACCGCUCUCUCCCAGUUCUCCUUCGCGCUCGUGGUCCUUAAGAUCUUCACCGCCGAGUUCUACAGUAUCGGGGCUCUGUUCGCGAUCUACGGCACCGGGGUUCUGAUCAUCGGUCUCUUCCGUCGCUCGCAGGGUAACAAACAAUUCUUUGCCGAAGUAGGGGAGGAUGGGAUUCAUCGCCAUAAGUUCCGAACCAGCGGGAAUGCCGUGCUGGUCUUGACAGCUCUGAGUAUCGCGGCAUACGCAUGUCUGAUUGGCUUGACUUUGAACUUGAGCACUUGA